CUUAGGAAGCCCCCCCCCGCUUCCCCCCCCCUCCCAGGGGAGAGGGUGAGCGCCCUCUGCACAUGCUCAGAGACCAGGCGGGCCCUUGGAAGCGCUGCCACUCAAGACCCUCCCUCCCCGACUGGCUUCUCUCCCCCCCCCCACGUGCAAGGCCGGAGGAGGCGGAGGCGGCGAGGGGCAGCCGGUCCGGGGUCCCCCCGCCCAUAAUGCGCGUCCGGGGGUCGCGGCGGCCUCCCUUCCCCGCCCGCCCGCUGGGUGGCGCCGGGCCGGGCGAGACCGAGGCGGAGACGGGAGCGGAGCGGAGUCUGUGCGCCCAGCGGCUCUGCACGGAGGAGGAGGAGGAGGAGGAGGAGGAGGAGGAGGCGGGGAGCCCCCCCGGCAGCUCACCAGAAGUCCAGAAGCUAAACCUCCUUUGACCUAGAUCUUUGCCUGGGCCUGCCUUGACCAUGCACAACGUGGGUCUGGCCUCUCUGGAUUUUUCUGGCUCGACCCAGUGCUGCGAGGAGACCCCAGACGCUUAUUGCCCAGAGGAUGACCGGUGGCAGAGGCUGCGCACGGCUGUCCGGAAGCUGGAAUUCUGGGAAAACUUUGAGACGGAGCUGAUAGGCAGCGGCUUCUUCUCCAAAGUCUUCAAGGUUGCUCCCCGUCCUGGGGCAAAGGCCAUGGUGGUCAAGAUUUACAAGAACGAUGCUGACCAGGAGGGGAUUGUGCGCGAGAUCAGCUUGCUGCAGAAGCUCUCCCACCCCAACAUCGUCAGGUACCUCGGGAUCUGCGUGAAGGAUGACAAGCUGUACCCCAUUCUGGAGUACGUGAACGGCGGGUGCCUGGAAGAGCUGUUGGCCUGCAAAGACACCUCCCUCGGCUGGAAGGACAAAGUGGGCUUGGCCUCGGACAUCACCCGCGGGAUGGUCUACCUCCACUCCAAGAACAUCUACCACCGCGACCUCAACUCCAAGAACUGCCUCAUCCGAGUGACCCAGCGAGGGCGGGAGGCGGUGGUGACCGACUUUGGGCUGGCCAAGGAAGUGGCGGAGCUCUCGGCCAAGAGUCCGGAGAGGAAGCUCUCGUUGGUGGGCUCAGCCUUCUGGAUGGCUCCCGAAAUGCUGCGGGGAGAACCUUACGACCAGAAGGUGGACGUCUUCUCCUUUGGCAUCGUUCUCUGUGAAAUCCUGGGCAGGAUUCCGGCUGACCCCGAGGUGUUGCCACGGACUCAGGACUAUGGGCUGGACGUGGCUGCCUUCCACAGCAUGAUCCAGGAGUGCCCCAAGCAAGUUUUGGAUUUGGCUGCCAGCUGUUGCAGGAUGGAAGCCUUCAAGCGCCCCUCCUUCUGCGAGAUCCUGGAGGAGCUGGAGGACACAGCGGAAAGGCUGGAGUUCCUGACGGAGAAGCAGCCGCCAGGUUGACCCACCCGUGGGUGGGGGGAGAUGUGGACUGAAGCCCAUCUAUAUAUCUCAAAAGAAAAGGUUCUGUGGGAGGAGGAGGAGGAGGAGGCGAUCGGGCCCCCUGGGGCAGAUCAGAGGCUUGGAGAGUGGAUGAUGCAGCGCCCUCCCUCCCUCCCUCCCUCCCCACCCCCGCUGCCUCUCUUCUAAUGCCCAGAUUCUUCUGGGCCAAGCAAUAUUGUUGCAAGAAAACAAAUCCCCCCCCUACACACCGCAUUUAGAUGGCUCUGGCAAGUGAGCCGAGCUGCCACAGCCAAGUCCAUCGGAGGCCCAGUUGCCUCCAGUCCUCCAGACCCUGCCCAGUGCUGUGGAGCUGCUGCCAAACAAACCAUCCGCUUCCUGAAAAGGGCAUUUCAGGCCCAGAGGGGGAAGGCUGCCAUUGUAGAGGGAGCUGAGCCUCUGGGGGGGGGGGGUUGGUUCUCUGGGCAUCUCAGCCACUUGGGGGCGCUGUCCUCAGUGACUGGGAAGGCUGAUCCUGAGCAGAAAGGGGAGCUGCCCUGCCCGGCCGGUUGGCUCCCCUGUGCCAGGCAUCGGCCUCCCCCAACCCUCACGAUCGCCCCACACAUUUGGCAGCCCCCUGUCCCAGAACAGCAGCCAAUGGGCACUCUGGUUUUUAAAGCAACUCAGGUUCCCCUUAGUCCUUGAGAAGACCCCACUCCCCUUCUCUUGGACCCUGUUCCCAACUGGGCUGACUCACUGGGGUUCUGCCAUGGGGAGCAGGAGGGGGGGAGCAGAUGGGGGGGUCCCCAGGAAGACACACAGGUGGAAAGAGGCUCGGGUAGCACAUCCCUCAGAGGCAAGGCUUUGGGAGCACUUCGGACCGUCAGGAAUAGAGAGACCCCGAACCCCUUCCAAAUUGCAGGCGCGCGAGUCCAUUCUUGUGAGCCCCCAAGGCCAUGGGCAUCCCAUAAUAGCCUUCGGAAAGGCACUGGGGCAGGUGGCUGUCUUUCCGAAGCCGAGGACAGAGCGGCGUCCUCUCCAGACCAACGGCUCUCCUGUCUUUGUAAAUCAAUAAAUAGCUUGUGAGCUAUUCCCAAAAACUCCUUA